ACACACACAACUAAUAUUGGCACCCUUGGUAAAUAUGAGCAAAGAAGGCUGUGAACAUUUUAUUUAAUUGGUUAACCUUUGGAUCUUUUGUUCAAUAAAUUUACAAAAAUACUCUGCUCUCAUGGAUAUAAAACAAUUGCAAACAAAACACAGGUUUAUCAAAAAAAAAAAAAAAGUUAAAUAUAGGUGUGCAACAAUUAUUGGCACCCUUUUAGUCAGCACUUUGUGCUACCUGCCUUUGACAAGAUAACAGCUCUGAGUCUUCUCCUAUGAUGCCUGAUGAGUUGGAGAAUACAUGGCAAGGGAUCUGAGACCAUUCCUCCAUACAGAAUCUCUCCAGAUCCUUCACAUUUGGAGGUCCACGCUGGUGGACUCUCCUCUUCAGUUCAUCCCACAGGUUUUCUAUGGGUUUCAAGUCAGAGGACUGGGAUGGCCAUGGCAGGACCUUGACUUUGUUGUCAGUAAACCAUUUUUUGUGUUGAUUUUGAUGUUUUUAAUCAUUGUCCUGCUGGAAGAUCCGCCCAUGGCCCUUGUGAAGCUUUCUGGCAGAGACAGUCAGGUUUUCAUUUAAUAUCUGUUGACAUUUGAUUCCAUGAUGCCAUGUAUCCUAAUAAAAUGUCCAGGUCUUCUGACAGAAAAACAGCCCCAAAACAUUAAAGAUCCACCACCAUAUUUAACCGUGAGCAUGAGGUACUUUUCCAUAUGGCUACCUCUCUGUGUGCACCAAAACCACCUCUGGUGUUUAAAACCAAAAAGCUCUAUUUUGGUUUCAUCUGACCAUAGAACCCGAUCCCACUUGAAAUUCCAGUAGUGUCUGGCAAACUGAAGAUGUUCGAGUUUGUUUUUGGGUGAGAGUAGAGGCUUUUUUCUUGAAACCUUUCCAAACAACUUGCGGUGAUGUAGGUGACGUCAGGUUGUGGUUUGGAGACUUUCUGACCCCAAGAUGCAACUAACUUCUGCAAUUCUCCAUAUGUGAUCCUUGGAGAUUUUUUGGCCACUUGAACCAUCUUCUUCACAGUGUGUUGAGACAGUAUAGACACACGUCCAAUUCCAUGUUGAGUAAUAGCAUUUCCAGUUGACUGGAACUUCUUAAUUAUUGCCCUGAUGGUGGAAAUGGGCAUUUUCAAUGCUUGUGCUAUUUUCUUAUAGCCGCUUCCCAUUUUGUGAAGCUCAACACCUACCAAGGGUGCCAAUAUUAGUGGAAGGCAUGGUAUAUGUUAACAAAUACAGUAAUUAUGCCGAUGUCUUCAUUAAAAAAAAGCUAAUAAUGUUUUAGUCUAACUUUUUUUUUUUUUUUAACUUGACUAAAUAUUUUGUGUAGCACAUUUCGACAGAAAUGCCUAUGGGCUGUUACUUGCUUGAUUAAAAGAUUAGACAGAAAUGGCUUGUUUUUGUGUGUGUAACAAGUUUGGACAGACAUGUCUUGCAUCUGAGGGGGAACACCACUCAAUGGACUAAUAAUAGUGAUUUACCGCUAAUAUAUUUCUAAAAAAAAACAAAAAAAAAAAACAUGCAUUAACUGGGUUAACUUUAUAUUUCAAAGACAGUUUUUAACUCUAAAUGUCCAUGUUCAGCUCUUGUAACUGGACUUGCAUGCUCUUCACACUGCAGUGGCCAGGAAGCUUCUGUCUGAGCAUCGACAAUAAAAACAUUUGCCGGAUACCACAGGAUAUCCAGGAGUGGACCAUCCAUGGCCUUUGGCCUUUGAAAGAUCAUUACUGCUGUGCAUGUUGGCCAAUAUUUCAUUCUCAUCUUCAGGAAUUGGAGCCAGAAAUCUCCCAGCUUUGGCCUUCAUUUAUAAAAACAAGGAGCGACUUCGCAUUCUGGAAAGACGAAUGGAUUAAACAUGGAACGUGUGCAGGCUGUGUGGAGAACAUGGGUUCUCCGGUUCUCUACUUCAAGACAGUUCUCAAGCUCCGGCUGCUCUUCGACGUUGAUAGUGCCUUGGCAAACGCAGGCAUUAAACCUUCCUGCAAUGUUUCCUAUAAGCAUGAUGCCCUGCAUGGUGCACUGGAACCACUUCUUGGAGAUAACUUUGUGUUACAGUGUGUGACGGAUGGGAAGGAAAGAGAGGCAUGGGUGCAGUUAAAGAUCCAGGUCUCUAAGAACGCGACUCUUGGAUGCCGGGCGACAGAGGAACUCGAGAGCAACAAGGUCACAAACACUACUUACGGACACCCCUGCCCUACAAACACCACCAUUUUCUACUUCCCUAUAAACCAUAAGCAUCCAAAACAACCAUGCACCUGAUCACAGCAUUAAUCAGUGCUGUCUCAGGUACCCACUAAGAGGACUUCAUGCAACAUGCUACCCUGAGUAACCUGCUUAUAUGCUAGUCAGUAUGAAGAGACUUAACAGUUGUUAAGCCACAAUUUAAGACUGUAAGGGUAAAAAUGGAGCAUGUUCAUAUAGCCACUGUACAUGAAUCAUGUUAAAAGAAUGUCUAAAGCAUUGCAAAUUGCAGUUUUUUAAAUUGUAUUUUUUUAUUGACAUGGAAUCCAUUUGCCAGAAAGCAAGACAUCAGUGAUGAUCUACAGCCACUAUAACACUGACUAAUAAAAAAAAAAAAAAAAAAUGCAAGUCAUUUGAAUUACCUCUUGAUUUAACUCUAUGAUGGGACACAAAACCACAAAUAAAAAAUAUUCAUGUCUGA